CUCUUUUUUUUAAUGAAUUGAAUUGAAUUUAUUUGUAUUGCUAUAAGUUAUUUUAUAUUGAAAAAACAAGGAAAAAACGGGUAAAAUGCGUGUGUAAAAUGAUAAUGAAAAUAAAUAUUAACAAUUCUAGAAACCAAGAAAUGUUAUGGUGCAUUUGCAUUAAAGAUGAAGUAGAUUCUCUAUAAGAAAUAUAACAAGAUGUAUAGAAGUUAAAUCUGAACUAGAACUGAAUCUUUGAAAGCAGUUGUGGGCAUGAAAAUAGAAAAUCGUACAGUAAAAGAUGUAUCUAAUGAAAUUAAAGUUGGAAUAAAAAAUAAGGAGGAGUUGGUAUAGUAUUGAUAUGAAACUGAUUUCUCUUCAUUUUGUAAACAUAAAACAGGUGGUCCACAGGAUAUUACAGUGAAAGUUACCAAACCAUUGAGUGCUCCCAAAGUACAUUUGCAAACUUAUACUGGCGAAAAACUGUAUGGAUGUGAAGUUUGUAGUAAGCACUUUAGUCACUCAACUACUUUAGAUUGCCAUAUGAAACUUCACAGUGGUAAAAACCUUAUAAAUGUAAAAUUUGUAGUAGGAACUUUAAUUUACUUCUUCUUGUGGUGACUUCACCUUCAGUGGAGGUUAGUGACUACACUGGCAAAUCUGUAUCUGUCCAAUGUGGCUCUAAACAAAGAUGUUGACUAUAGGCCAGUCCAGACUCUGAUGUUUUUAGAUAAUGUUUGAUUCAGUAGAUAAUUUAAAUAGUAAUAUGAACGUUCACACUGACGAAAGACCUUUUAAAUGUGAAAUUUGUAGUAAGCAGUUUAUUACAAAAAGUAAUUUAAAUACUCAUAAAAGAAUUCACAGUGGUGAAAAACCUUAUAAAUGUGAAAUUUGUAGUAAGCAGUUUACUCAAAUAGGCAAUUUAAAUACUCACGAAAGAAUUCACACUGGUGAAAAACCUUAUGAAUGUGAAACUUGUAGUAAGCACUUUAGUGCACUAGAUAAUCUAAAUAGUCAUAAGAAAGUUCACACUGGUGAAAAACCAUAUAAAUGUGAAAUAUGUAGUAAGCAGUUUACUCACAUAAGUAAUUUAAAUACUCAUAAAAGAAUUCACACUGGUGAAAAACCUUAUAAAUGUGAAAUUUGUAGAGAGCAAUUUACUCAAAAAAGUAGUUUAAAAAUUCACUUGAAACUUCACAAUGAUGAACGCUCGCAUAAAUGUGAAAUUUGUAGUAAACACUUUAGUUCCCUAGAUAAUUUAAAUAGUCAUAAUAUGAAAGUUCACACUGGUGAAAAAUCGUAUAAAUGUGAAAUAUGUAGUAAGCAGUUUACUCACAUAAGCAAUUUUAAUAGGCAUAAAAAAGUUCAUAGUGGAGAAAGGCCUUAUAAAUGUGAAAUUUGUAGUAAGCGAUUUACUCAAAAAAGUAGUUUAAAAAUUCACUUGCAAGUUCAUACUGGUGAGCACCCGUACAAAUGUGAAAUUUGUAGUAAGCAGUUUACUCAAAAAAGUAGUUUGAAAACUCACAUACAAGUUCACACAAAAGGACACCCGAGUAAAUGUGAAGAAAUUCUAAGUGAGCAAUUCACUCAAAAAAAAAGUAGUUUGAAAACUCACACGAAUGGACACCCGCGUGAAUGUGAAGAAAUUUUAAGUGAGCAAAUUACUCAAAAAAGUAGUUUGAAAACUCACACGGAAGUUCACACAGAAGGACAUCCGAGUAAAGGUGAAGAACUUUUAAGUGAGCAAUUUAAUCAAAAAAGUAGUUUGAAAACUCACACGGAAGUUCACACAAAUGGACACCCGCGGGCAUGUGAAGAAAUUUUAGGUGAGCAAAUUACUCAAAAAUGUAGUUCAGAAAUUCACACAGGUGAACACCUGUAUAAAUUUGAAAUUUGUAGAAAACAAUUUAAUUUACUAGAUAAUUUAAAUAGUCAUAUGAAAGUUCACACUGAUGAGAACCCAUAUAAAUGUGAAAUAUGUCAUAAGCUGUUUACUCACAUAAGUAAUUUUAAUAGACAUAAAAAAAUUCAUAGUGGAGAAAGGCCCUAUAAAUGUGAAAUUUGUAAUAAGCAAUUUACUCAAAAAAGUAGUUUGAAAAUUCACCUGCAAGUUCACACUGGUGAAAACUACUAUAAAUGUGAAAUUUGUAGUAAGGAAUUUACUCAAAAAAGUAGUUUAAAAUAUCACAUACGAGUUCACACUGAUGAUCACCUGUUUAAAUGUGAAAUUUGUAGUAAGCACUUCAAUUCACAAGAUAAUUUAAAUAGUCAUCUGAAAGUUCACACUGGCGAAAAACCUUAUAAAUGUGAAAUUUGUAGUAAGCAAUUUACUCAAGAAAGCAGUUUAACCAUUCACAUGGAAGUUCACUCUGGUGAAAAUCCAUAUAAUUGUGAAAUUUGUAGUGAGCACUUACAAUCACUCGAUAAUUUAAAUAGUCAUAUGAAAAUUCACAAUGGUGAAAAACCAUGUCAAUGUGAAAUAUGUAGUAAGCGGUUUACUCACAUAAGUAAUUUAAAUAGGCAUAUGAAAAUUCAUAAUGGAGAAAGACAUUAUAAAUGUGAAAUCUGUAGUAAGGAAUUUAUUCAAAAAAGUAGCUUAAAAAUUCACAUGCAAGUUCACACUGGUGAACGCCCAUAUAAAUGUGAAAUUUGUAGUAAGCAAUUUACUCAAAAAAGUAGUUUAAAAUGUCACACACGAGUUCACACUAAUAAACAUUCAUAUAAAUGUAAAAUUUGUACUGAGCAAUUUACUCAAAAAAGUAGUUUGAAAAUUCACAUGGAAGUUCACACUGGUGAACAUUCGUACAAUUGUGAAAGUUGUAGUGAACAAUUUAAUUCACUAGAAUAUUUAAGUAAUCAUAAAAAAGUUCACACUAAUGAACACCCUCAUAAAUGUGAAAUUCGUAGUGAGCAAUUUACUCAGAAAAGUCAUUUGAAAAUUCACAUGGAAAUUCACACUGGCGAUGAUGAUGAUGAUGAACAUCCGUAUGAAUGUGAAGAAAUUUCUAAUGAGCAAUCUAAUUCACUAGAUAAUUUAAAUAGUCAUAAGAAAGUUCACACUGAUGAACACCCGCGUAAAUGUACAGAAAUUUUAAGUGAGCAAUUUACUCAAAAAAGUGUUUCAAAAAUUCACACAGGUGAACGCCCUUAUAAAUGUGAAAUUUGUAGUGAGCAAUUCAAUUCACUAGAAAAUUUAAAUAGUCAUAAAGAAGUUCAUACUGAUGAACACCCGCGUAAAUGUAAAGAAAUUUCUAGUGAGCAAUUAACUCAAAAAAGUAGUUCAAAAAUUCACACAGGUGAACACCCUUAUAAAUGUAAAAUUUGUAGUGAGCAAUUUAAUUCACAAGAAAAUUUAAAUAGUCAUAAAGAAGUUCACACUGAUGAACACCCAUACGAAUGUGAAGAUAUUUUUAGUGAGCAACUGAAUUCACUAGAUAGUUUAGAUAGUGAUGUGGAAGUUCACACUUGUGAACACCCGUAUAAAUGUGAAAUUUGUAGUGAGCAAUUUAAUUCACUAGAAAAUUUAAAUAGCCAUAAGGAAGUUCACACUGAUAAACACCCGGAUAAAUGUGAAGAAAUUUUUAGUGAGCAAUUUACUCAAAAAAGUAGUUCAAAAAUACACAUGCAUGUUCACACUGGUGAGAAACAGUAUAAAUGUGAAAUUUGUAGUGAGCAACUUAAUUCACUAGAUAACUUAAAUAGUCAUAUGAAAGUUCACAAUGGCGAAAAAUCAUAUGAAUGUGAAAUUUGUAGUAAACACUUCAAUUCACUAGAGAAUUUAAAUAGUCAUAAGGCAGUUCACACUGAUGAACACCCGUAUGAACGUAAGGAAAUAUUUAGUGAGCAAUUUAAUUCGCUAGAUAAUUUAGAUAGUGAUAUGGAAGUUCACACUGAUGAUGAUGAUGAUGAUGAUGAACACCCGUAUGAAUCUGAAGAAAUUUUUAGUGAGCAAUUUACUCAUAAAAGUAGUUCAAAAAUUCACAUGCAAGUUCACACUGGUGAGAAACAGUAUAAAUGUGAAAUUUGUAGUAAGCAGUUUAAUUCACUAAAAAAUUUAAAUAGUCAUAAUAAAGUUCACACUGAUGAAUGUGAAGAAAUUUGUAGUAAGCAACUUAUUUCACUAGAAAAUUUAAAUAGGCAUAAGGAAGUUCACACUGGUGAAAAGCCAUAUAAAUGUGAAAUUUGUAGUGAAGAAUUUACUCAAAAAAGUAGUUUGAAAAUUCACAUGGAAGUUCACACUCGUGAAAAGUCGUAUACAUGUGAAGUUUGUAGUAAGCAGUUUGCUCAUAAAAGUAGUUUAAAAUAUCACAUGCGAGUUCACACUGAUGAACGCCCGUAUAAAUGUGAAAUUUGUAAUAAGCUGUUUACUCAACUCAGUCAUUUAAAGCGUCAUAUGCCACUUCACACUGGUGAAAGACCAUAUAAAUGUGAAAUUUGUAGUAAGCAAUUUAGUUCACGAGAUAAUUUAAAUAGUCAUAUGAAAGUUCACAGUGGUGUACACCCGUAUAAAUGUGAAAUAUGUAGUAAGCAGUUUACUCACAUAAGUAAUUUAAAUAGGCAUAUCAAAGUUCAUACUGGUGAAAGACUUUAUAAAUGUGAAAUUUGUAGUAAGCAAUUUACUCAAAAAAGUAGUCUAAAACUUCAUCUGCAAGUUCACACUGGUGAAAACUCAUAUAAAUGUGAUAUUUGUAGCAAGCAGUUUACUCAGAAAAGUAGUUUAAAAUAUCACAUGCGAGUUCACACUGAUGAGAAACAGUAUAAAUGUGAAACUUGUAGAAAGCACUUUAGUUCACUAGAUAAUUUAAAUAGUCAUACGAAACUUCACACUAGUGAAACCCCGCAUAAGUGUGAAAUAUGUAGUAAGCAGUUUAUUACAAGAAAUAAUUUAAAUACUCAUAAAAAAAUUCACACUGGUGAAAAACCUUAUAAAUGUGAAAUUUGUAGUAAGCAAUUUACCCAAAAAAAUAGUUUAAAAGAUCACAUGCGACUUCACACUGGUGAACACCCAUAUAAAUGUGAAAUUUGUAGUAAGCAAUUUACUCAAGAAAGUAGUUUAAAAUAUCACAAUCGAGUUCACAGUGGCGACAAACCGUAUCAAUGUGAAAUUUGUAGUAAGCAAUUUAGUAAAAAAAGUAAUUUAAAAGUUCACAUACGAGUUCACACUGGUCAACACCCGUAUAAAUGUGAAAUUUGUAGUAAGCACUUUCAUUCACUAGAUAAUUUAAAUAGUCAUAGGAAAGUUCACUCUGGUGAACAUCCGUAUAAAUGUGAAAUAUGUAGUAAGCAGUUUAUUACAAGAAGUAAUUUAAAUACUCAUAAAAGAAUUCACACUGGUGAAAAACCUUAUAAAUGUGAAAUUUGUAGUAAGCAAUUUACUCAAAAAAGUAGUUUAAAAAUUCACAUGCAAGUUCACACUGGUGAAAACUCGUAUAAAUGUGAAAUUUGCAGUAAGCAAUUUACUCAAGAAAGUAGUUUAAAAUAUCACAACCGAGUUCACACUGGUAAACCCCUGUAUAAAUGUGAAAUUUGUAGUAAGCACUUGAAUUCACUAGAUAAUUUAAAUAGUCAUAUGAAAGUUCACAUUGGUGAGAAACCGUCUAACUGUGAAAUUUGUAGUAAGCAGUUUUCUCACAUAAGUAAUUUAAAUAGGCAUAUGAAAAUCCAUACUGGUGAAAGACCUUAUAAAUGUGAAAUUUGUAACAAGCAGUUUACUGAAAACAGUACGUUAAAAAUUCACAUGAAAGUUCACAUCCGCAAAAGUAUGAAAUUUGUAAUAAGCAGUUUACUCAAAAAUGUAGUUUAAAGUAUCAC